UUUAAAAAAUAUUUUCUCUUUUUAAAAUUUGUAUUGAGCAGUUGCAAUCACAGUUAAAUUAAUGGAAGAGGAUAUUGACAUUUGGUUGACUGUUCAUUAUCAGGUGAGAUUUGGGUUUUGAAAUGGAACGUUUUCUGAAAUUAAACAUCUAUUUCUAUGAAAUAAGCAUGUUAUCUAUCAUCACUUAAAUUAUCUAUACAUAUGAAACCUUUGGUGAUAUUUUUGACCUAAUAAUUUCCUGAGAAAAAGGUAAAACAUCUAUAAAGUAAGUAGAAAUGUUUGUAGACAGGUUUUAUUUAUUUAUUUUUUUAAAUUAUAAAUAUAAACAUUUUACUUUUUUUCCUUUGUUUUUUUCUUUUAGCACAUUCCUUCCUGUUGUAUGUAGACAGGUUUUAAACUAAACAUUUUUUCAUGAAUUCUUUAUUAGGCAAAGGAGAACAAGAAUGGAGGUAGUUCAAAAAUACUAAAUUCUAGAACCUAUCAUAAUCAUUGCCUAGUAAACCAUUAUGUUCAUAAAUUUAGAACCAAGGAAAAAUUCCAUUACUCAAACCUGGAAGAAGAUCCUAGUCUUUGCUGUACCAGAAUUUGACUUAUAGUAGAAACUAAAGAAGGCUAAAGUGCUAUAUUAAGUGAAAAUUCAGUUAAGAUAGACCCAGUUUUAAUGAGAAUUUCAUCUGUACUUCUUGUCAUUUGUAGGCUGUAUACCGUAUGCCUGUAAUAUUUUAGUGAAUUUUUUGAAGAAACUGUUGAGUAUAUAUUCCAAUAUUUAGAGUCAUUUUUGUUAAAGUUCUAAGCCUUUUUAUAAAUUUAUUUAGUUUCAGACACAGUUCUAAAGGAACGCCUGGAUCCAGAAACACUGGAAUCAUUAGGGCUUAUUAAACAAUCACAACAAUUCAAUCAAAAGUCAGUGAAAAUCAAGACAAAACUCUUUUAUAAGCAGCAAAAAUUCAAUUUAUUAAGAGAAGAGAAUGAAGGCUAUGCCAAGCUGAUUGCUGAAUUGGGUCAAGAUUUAUCUGGCAAUAUUACUAGUGAUUUAAUCUUAGAAAAUAUCAAAUCUUUAAUAGGAUGCUUUAAUCUGGAUCCCAAUAGAGUUUUGGAUGUCAUUUUAGAAGUGUUUGAAUGCAGGCCAGAACACGAUGACUUCUUUAUAUCUUUAUUAGAAUCUUACAUGAGUAUGUGUGAACCGCAAACACUGUGUCAUAUUCUUGGGUUCAAAUUCAAGUUUUACCAGGAACCAAAUGGUGAGACUCCAUCAUCUUUAUACAGAGUUGCAGCAGUACUUCUACAAUUUAAUCUUAUUGAUUUAGAUGAUCUUUAUGUACAUCUUCUUCCAGCUGAUAAUUGCAUUAUGGAUGAACACAAACGAGAAAUUGUGGAAGCUAAGCAAAUUGUUAGAAAACUUACAAUGGUUGUGUUAUCUUCUGAAAAAAUGGAUGAACGAGAAAAAGAAAAGGAAAAAGAGGAGGAGAAAGUAGAGAAGCCACCGGACAACCAAAAACUUGGUUUGUUGGAAGCCUUGUUAAAGAUAGGUGAUUGGCAGCAUGCACAGAACAUUAUGGAUCAGAUGCCUCCAUACUAUGCAGCUUCACAUAAGCUAAUAGCCCUUGCUAUUUGCAAGCUCAUUCACAUAACUAUUGAGCCUCUCUACCGAAGAGUUGGCGUUCCUAAAGGUGCUAAAGGCUCACCUGUUAAUGCUUUACAAAACAAGCGAGCUCCCAAACAAGCAGAGAGCUUUGAAGAUUUGAGGAGAGAUGUGUUCAAUAUGUUCUGUUACCUUGGUCCUCACCUUUCUCACGAUCCCAUUUUAUUUGCAAAAGUGGUGCGCAUAGGCAAGUCAUUUAUGAAGGAGUUUCAGUCUGAUGGGAGCAAACAAGAAGAUAAAGAGAAAACGGAAGUUAUCCUUAGCUGUUUACUUAGCAUUACUGACCAGGUACUACUUCCAUCUCUUUCUUUGAUGGACUGCAAUGCUUGUAUGUCAGAGGAACUAUGGGGAAUGUUUAAAACAUUUCCAUAUCAGCAUAGAUACCGUCUGUACGGCCAGUGGAAGAAUGAAACUUAUAACAGUCACCCACUUUUAGUAAAAGUUAAAGCUCAAACAAUAGACAGAGCCAAAUAUAUCAUGAAGCGCCUAACCAAGGAAAAUGUGAAGCCUUCUGGAAGACAAAUUGGGAAAUUGAGCCACAGCAAUCCAACCAUUUUGUUUGAUUAUAUCUUGUCACAAAUACAGAAGUAUGAUAACUUAAUAACACCUGUAGUAGAUUCAUUGAAAUACCUCACUUCAUUGAAUUAUGAUGUCUUGGCAUAUUGUAUCAUUGAAGCUUUAGCCAAUCCAGAAAAGGAGAGAAUGAAACAUGAUGACACAACCAUCUCAAGCUGGCUUCAGAGUCUGGCUAGUUUCUGUGGUGCAGUUUUUCGUAAAUAUCCAAUUGAUCUUGCUGGUCUUCUUCAAUAUGUGGCCAAUCAGCUAAAGGCGGGCAAAAGUUUUGACCUGCUUAUAUUGAAAGAAGUGGUACAAAAAAUGGCAGGAAUAGAAAUUACAGAAGAAAUGACAAUGGAGCAACUAGAAGCCAUGACUGGUGGAGAGCAGCUAAAAGCUGAGGGUGGUUAUUUUGGCCAGAUCAGAAACACUAAAAAAUCCUCUCAAAGGUUAAAGGAUGCACUAUUGGAUCAUGAUCUUGCUCUUCCUCUGUGUUUGCUUAUGGCUCAGCAGAGGAAUGGGGUAGUCUUUCAGGAAGGCGGAGAGAAGCAUUUGAAACUUGUGGGAAAGCUCUAUGACCAGUGUCAUGAUACCCUGGUACAGUUUGGUGGGUUUUUAGCAUCUAAUCUAAGCACAGAAGAUUAUAUAAAGCGAGUGCCUUCAAUUGAUGUGCUUUGUAAUGAAUUUCAUACACCCCAUGAUGCAGCAUUUUUCCUGUCUAGGCCAAUGUAUGCACACCAUAUUUCGUCAAAGUAUGAUGAACUUAAAAAGUCAGAAAAGGGAAGUAAACAGCAACAUAAAGUUCACAAGUACAUUACAUCAUGUGAGUUGGUGAUGGCUCCUGUCCAUGAAGCAGUGGUCUCCUUACACGUUUCCAAAGUCUGGGAUGACAUCAGCCCUCAAUUCUAUGCCACAUUCUGGUCGUUGACAAUGUAUGACCUUGCAGUUCCACACACCAGCUAUGAACGAGAAGUCAAUAAACUUAAAGUCCAGAUGAAAGCAAUUGAUGACAAUCAGGAAAUGCCUCCAAAUAAAAAGAAAAAAGAGAAGGAGCGCUGUACUGCCCUUCAGGACAAGCUUCUUGAAGAAGAAAAGAAACAGAUGGAACAUGUACAGAGAGUUCUACAGAGAUUAAAACUGGAAAAGGACAACUGGCUUUUAGCAAAAUCUACCAAAAAUGAGACCAUCACAAAAUUUCUACAGCUGUGUAUAUUUCCUCGAUGUAUUUUUUCAGCAAUUGAUGCUGUGUACUGUGCUCGUUUUGUUGAAUUGGUACAUCAACAGAAAACUCCAAAUUUUUCCACGCUUCUUUGCUAUGAUCGAGUUUUCUCUGACAUAAUUUACACAGUUGCAAGCUGUACUGAAAAUGAGGCUAGUCGAUAUGGAAGAUUUCUUUGCUGCAUGUUAGAGACCGUGACCAGGUGGCAUAGUGAUAGAGCCACAUAUGAAAAGGAAUGUGGAAACUAUCCAGGAUUCCUUACCAUAUUACGGGCAACUGGAUUUGAUGGUGGAAAUAAAGCUGAUCAAUUAGACUAUGAAAAUUUUCGACAUGUCGUACAUAAAUGGCAUUACAAACUAACCAAGGCAUCGGUACAUUGCCUUGAAACAGGCGAAUAUACUCACAUCAGGAAUAUCUUGAUUGUGCUAACAAAAAUACUUCCUUGGUACCCAAAAGUUUUGAAUCUGGGUCAGGCUUUGGAAAGAAGAGUACAUAAAAUCUGCCAAGAAGAAAAAGAGAAGAGGCCAGAUCUAUAUGCAUUGGCUAUGGGCUACUCUGGGCAAUUGAAAAGUAAAAAGUCAUACAUGAUACCUGAAAAUGAAUUUCAUCACAAAGACCCCUCUCCGAGGAAUGCAGUUGCCAGUGUACAAAAUGGGCCUGGUGGUGGGCCUUCUUCAUCAUCAAUAGGAAGUGCAUCCAAAUCAGACGAAAGCAGUACUGAGGAGACUGAUAAAUCAAGGGAGAGAUCUCAGUGUGGUGUGAAAGCUGUUAAUAAAGCUUCUAGUGCCACACCAAAAGGGAAUUCAAGCAAUGGAAAUAGUGGCUCUAACAGCAGCAAAGCUGUUAAAGAAAAUGACAAGGAAAAAGGGAAAGAGAAAGAAAAAGAGAAAAAAGAAAAGACUCCAGCUACUACUCCAGAGGCCAGGGUACUUGGUAAAGAUGGUAAAGAAAAACCGAAGGAAGAACGGCCAAAUAAAGACGAAAAAGCAAGAGAGACCAAGGAAAGAACACCAAAGUCUGACAAAGAGAAAGAAAAAUUCAAGAAGGAAGAAAAAGCUAAAGAUGAGAAAUUCAAGACCACUGUCCCCAACGUAGAAUCAAAAUCGUCUCAAGAAAGGGAAAGAGAGAAGGAGCCAUCCAGAGAAAGAGAUAUAGCAAAGGAAAUGAAAUCAAAGGAAAAUGUUAAAGGAGGAGAAAAAACACCAGUUUCUGGGUCCUUGAAGUCACCUGUUCCCCGAUCAGAUAUUGCAGAGCCUGAAAGGGAACAGAAACGCCGCAAAAUUGAUACCCAUCCUUCUCCAUCACAUUCCUCCACAGUAAAGGACAGUCUCAUCGACUUCAAGGAGUCUUCAGCAAAGCUCUACAUUAAUCAUACUCCUCCACCACUGUCCAAGAGUAAGGAGAGAGAAAUGGACAAGAAAGAUUUGGACAAGUCAAGGGAGAGAUCCAGAGAAAGAGAGAAAAAAGAUGAAAAGGACAGGAAAGAACGGAAAAGGGAUCACUCAAACAAUGACCGUGAAGUACCACCGGACUUGACCAAGAGGCGUAAAGAGGAAAAUGGAACAAUGGGGGUUUCAAAACACAAAAGUGAAAGUCCAUGUGAGUCUCCUUAUCCAAAUGAGAAAGACAAGGAUAAAAAUAAGUCAAAAUCUUCAGGCAAAGAAAAAGGUGGUGAUUCAUUUAAAUCUGAGAAGAUGGAUAAGAUCUCCUCUGGUGGCAAAAAGGAGUCCAGGCAUGAUAAAGAAAAGAUAGAAAAGAAAGAGAAACGGGACAGUUCAGGAGGAAAGGAAGAGAAGAAGCAUCAUAAGUCCUCGGACAAGCACAGAUAAUGAAGACUUUCAAUCAAGGAUAUGGACAGACCCCUAAGCUGAAGGUCUCCCAGAGGAGGAUGCCAAAGCUCCAUGCGUCACUCUCAGAACGAUAUCUCCCAUAAUUAAGAGCUUCUGGUGCUGUCCAUUUAAUGGGAAUCUGCUUUAAGUCAGAAGAUGAAUACACACCACCAUCCUCUUGACGAGACAUUCCAAAGUUACUGAUUUUCAGAACAUUAUUUUCACCUCCAGGCAGUUUCUUGCAGCAAGGUCCCUGUGUAUACAAUUUUUACUCGAGAUACGCCAUCCAGAAGCAGCAUCUAAUGAAAAUUUUACUAACUGAGUAAUAGUUCAUCCUUCUUUCUCAGAAAGGAGAGGAAAUCGCCUCCUGGAACCAGUUCUUUAAUGAUGUAGAUAGGCUGUCUUUGUGUGCGAACUCCUAUAAGUUUGAUAAUAUUGGGAUGAUAUAUUGCUUGAGGAUUUUGGUUUCUUGUAAAAAUUUUAAUUUCAGUUCCUGGGAAAGAUCUUCUUUAUAUGUUUUAACAGCAACAGAAUUUUAUCCUUUAAUGGGCCCUUAAAUAUAUCAUCAAAAUGUACCUUGCCCAAUAAUUCUCCUAAUGUGACAUCUUCAUAAUUGGGAACCCAUUUCUUAUUCUCCUAGUUAUGGCCCUACUGUGAUACCAUGGUGCCCUUAAUUGGAACAUUGACCUUUUUUUUUUUUUUUUUUUUUUUUGCAAUUUAAAAAAUUGAGAUAAAA